GCGGGGACGUGGCUGGGAACCAGGAUGUAUCUGGGGACCAGCUGGCUGAAGCUCUGAAGCUUGAGUUAGGGGCGGCAGGAGGCGGGGUGACUCUGGGCCCCGCCCCGGAGGGCUGUGGCAAAAGUUUGCCUUCGGAUCCUCUAGGGCAGAGUCUGGGCGAACAAGUUCAGGGGCAGGCGACAAGGUCCGGGUGCUGAGCGGAGGUGGCUGGACAAGCCAAGCCGGAGAGAAACCUGAGGCCAGGAGUGACCUCCGGAGGAGCCCCUAAACUGGAGUCUUAGCUGAGACACGGCAGCAUGCAACCAGCCCAGAUGCGCCUAGGAGAACGAGAGCCUGUUUUCAACACUCUUCCUGCAAUCAGGCCGGCACGCCUUCAGGAACUCACCACCACUGUCCCAAUUGUUCCCUGAAAUGAACGUUCCUGGCGCGCCCUCUCGUGGACUGUUGAGGUAAUCAUCUGUCUAUAGGAAGUCAUGGCAACCACGCAUGCGCAGGGCCACCAGCCAGUCUUUGGGAAUGACACUCUCCGGGAACAUUACGAUUACGUGGGGAAGCUGGCAGGCAGACUGCGGGACCCCCCUGAGGGUGGCACCCUCAUCACCACCAUCCUCUUCUUGGUCACCUGUAGCUUCAUCGUCUUGGAGAACCUGAUGGUUUUGAUUGCCAUCUGGAAAAACAAUAAAUUUCACAACCGCAUGUACUUUUUCAUUGGCAACUUGGCUCUCUGCGACCUGCUGGCCGGCAUAGCCUACAAGGUCAACAUUCUGAUGUCCGGCAGGAAGACGUUCAGCCUGUCUCCAACAGUGUGGUUCCUCAGGGAGGGCAGUAUGUUUGUAGCCCUGGGCGCAUCCACCUGCAGCUUAUUGGCCAUUGCUAUCGAGCGGCACCUGACCAUGAUCAAGAUGAGGCCGUAUGAUGCCAACAAGAAGCACCGCGUGUUCCUUCUGAUUGGGAUGUGCUGGCUAAUUGCCUUCUCGCUGGGUGCCCUGCCCAUCCUGGGCUGGAACUGCCUGGAGAACUUUCCUGACUGCUCUACCAUUUUACCCCUCUACUCCAAGAAAUACAUUGCCUUCCUCAUCAGCAUCUUCACCGCCAUUUUGGUGACUAUCGUCAUCUUGUAUGCGCGCAUCUACUUCCUGGUCAAGUCCAGCAGCCGCAGGGUGGCCAACCACAACUCCGAGAGGUCCAUGGCCCUUCUGCGGACCGUAGUAAUAGUGGUGAGCGUGUUCAUCGCCUGUUGGUCCCCCCUUUUCAUCCUCUUCCUCAUCGACGUGGCCUGCAGGGUGAAGGAGUGCUCCAUCCUCUUCAAGAGUCAGUGGUUCAUCAUGCUGGCCGUCCUCAACUCGGCCAUGAACCCUGUCAUCUACACGCUGGCCAGCAAAGAGAUGCGGCGUGCCUUCUUCCGGUUGGUAUGCGGCUGUCUGGUCAAGGGCACAGGGACCCAGGCCUCACCCAUGCAGCCUGCCCUCGACCCAAGCAGAAGUAAAUCAAGCUCCAGUAACAACAGCAGCCACUCUCCAAAGGUCAAGGAAGACCUGCCCCACGUGGCUGCCUCUUCCUGCAUCAUUGACAAAACCAGGUCCCUUCAGAAUGGGGUCCUUUGCAAGUGACGGUCUCCACAGGGCAAGCUCUGCAGCCACGACUAUUUAUUGCAUGCAUUACUUCCACGAGGGGCCUUAAGAGAUCUUGACUCUGGAGGUCUGCUUGGUGUGGCCAGACUGUGUGGCAUCUCCUGAGGAGGAGACCCAAGGAGUUACCAACACAUGUCAGCCUGGACAUGGAUGUGCCUUAUCUGUUGUAGGCUCCAUCCUUCUGAAUGUACCAAGCUGCUGACAUGGUCCACUGCCUUUGGAUGCCACAUUCCCUGGUCCAGGGAGGGCAGGUGGUGAUGUGCUAUGCACAUGCGCUUUGGGAUGGUGUCAUCCUACUUUCACACUACAUUUGUUUUUCAUAGAAUGGGUGCUCGCGUAUGUGUUUCUCCGUUGCCAUGCCAUGUUACACGGGAUAUGUGUAGGCCAGGCUUUCCCAGGUGGAGCCCAUUACAAAGUAUCAGUCCUUUACACAUCGUUGGUCCAAACCUGCCCACGCUGCUGUAGCAGGUUCAGCAUGUGAUAAGGUGAUGUCCCCUUCCCAGUGCCCUUGCACCGCUGUCCUAGUUCAUAACUGUGAAAAGUUACUAAAGUAUUCUGUAUUCUCAAAAGCCUCACCCAAGAGCAGCCCACGUGUGUGGGUCUUACCCUUACCUCCCUCCCUCUUGGGUCCCUUACAUAAGCUAAAGUACACCUGAAAGCCAAAUUAUGUGAUCAUUGACACAUUUUUGAAAAUCACUGAAAAGCCAGCCAGGAUCUCUCAGAAUGCUGGUAUCACUAAAGGAAGAGCCCAUAAGGAGAGGCAAGGUGCUCUCCAUGGUGGGUCACCUUUCCAGGGGACUGCAGUUAGUCUGCUGCGUGUAGAAAGUUUCCAGCAGUGACGUUCACAAGCCAGCACUUCAUCGGUAUGGUACUGAGUUCAAUUCUACGUAGAGAAGCUUGAAGCUGGUCAUCCCCUUUGCUGUCACCUUUUUCUGGCAAGGAGCUGGAGUUGUCAGCAAAGCUUCUCACCUCCCACCAUGUGGACCCUGACCAGGACCAUUCAGUUAGAGGAAGCCACCAGGCUGGGAGGCGUGAUGUGGUUAUCUGUGCAUUCUUUAGGGAGAACCAUUCCCGUUCCCGUAUGAUGGAUACUCCAGUUACUCUCCACUGCUUGGACCUGCGUUCCUUUGUCCACCUUGUAAAGAAAAUGCUUAGAAGACAACUCUGAACAUCCCCUCCCCAAGGACUCCACCCACACGACACACAGAUGAAAGGUGAGUGUGUUGGAGAGAGUGGCCAGCACCCAUGCUCCCAGAACAGCCUUUGGAAGGACUCUCACUCGGGGAAACCUCCUGUCAGAGCUCUCUGAAGGUUGAUUAACAUCAGAGACCAUUGCCUUACGAACCCUGGAAGAGCAUGGGCCUUUUUAAAGCUGAUUUUUCUCUUGGUGGUUACCUGAUGGCAUUUGCUCUUGCUUAGGGACAUUUUUCCUGGAUUUUAGGUAACCAUGGGCUAACUGAAGACUUCCCCUUGGGUUACUCCUGGUGGAUAUGGGUCACUGCCAAGAUUCUGCUGGAUCCUUGGCCUGCCUCUUCUCUGUCACUGAAAAAACUUAAUCUCUCAUCAUGGCGUUGACAGAACCCAAGGCAUUUCUGGAAAAAAGCAUGCAAGUGCUGGGCUAAGGGAAAAAAAUAACAGAGAAGUGUGCAGGGGAGUUGAGGUGGUGAAAGAAUGGGGCUUGUGGAUAUGCUGUUUCAUAAUCAGAAUGCUUUGAGGCCAUGGAGCUGGGUCACUAAUAUUAAUAUCACAUUGUACAUGACCCUGACUUCUCCAUAUCCUCCUGUGUCUGCUUUCACUCAACCUUGUAGAGGCCCAUGCCCACCAUUUCCAGCUAGGAGGUAACAUUUGUAGCAUGACAGACUGCCAAGCAACUGAAAAUAAAAAUACACUAAAACCUAAUGGCGCUCACUUGAUGUAUGCCAACCGGAUCCAUCAGCCGUGAUGCCAGUGUGCACUCCUUUCCCUAGCGAGUCACCGAGAUGGCAUUGAGACAUUGAGUGUGCCAUACCCUCACCCCAAAGGUCGGAAACAAGUGACACCAGAGAGCCUGGGGCCCACCCAAGGUAGUGAGCGACCUUUACUAGUUGCAGUUUCUGUUUGUUAAUAAAAAAUAAAACCAAAAGCCUUUAUAUGAACCCA